AUGAAGAAAGAGGAGUGGAUCCAGCUCGUAAAGUACUGGUGUGACCCAAAGAAUCAGGAGAAAUCUGCGAAGAAUAAAGUAAACCGAUCCAAGGUGCAGCUUCACCAAAAAACUGGUUCUAGGUCCUACAUAGCCUAUCGAUACAGCCUGAGGCCUAAGUACAACAACAGCGAUCCAGAUGCUGUAGAGUUCUUUGGGGAAUGUAUGAAUAGUUCCAAAAAUGGUCGCACUCCUCUUGCCAAUGAAAUAUAUGAACGGAUGGUGGCAGAGAAGGAUAGAGAGCCAGAAGAAGGAGAAGCAAAAAAAUCUCCCACCAAGAUUCUCAGCAGGCCGCACUUGAAGAAAACCAAAAUUUGCUGUGGCAGACCCAAGAGGAAGUGA